AUGUCUCCCAAAAAGCGAACUGCAUCAACCAGCACCACACGAGCUGCACGCGACCCUAAGGUCGCGGCGAAGUCUUCUCCGCUGAUGCGCAUUCCCUCUCCGGCACGCUUUAUCCUUGUGGUCUUGAGCAGCCUGAUCGUGAGCUCAAUCCUGUUUACACUCACCUCCAGCUUGACCCUGGGCGAUCUCGGGCCCAUCAGUAAACACCUGGAAGAAUGGUGGGAAGUGGGGGUCCUGAUCGGUUGGAGAGCUGUGGAGGUUGGGGUGGCCUGGGUGCUCGGAUUUGACGGUCGCGAUGUCGCAUCGUUCCUGUUCUUGACCCACCUACCGAUCUACUCGCUCUUGUCCUGCUUCUAUGCGGUGCGCCCAACCUCAGCUUUGAUUUCCUACGGAAUCACAGUCGCCUCUACCGCGCUUCCAUUUGUCUUCCUGCGCCGGCUCUCUUCCGUCCACGAUCUGUCUCAUACGCCCCCAGGCGCAAUUGCCAACCGAGGCAUCCUGCAGGACAAACUCACCACUUUCUUCACGAGCUUGCUCGCAACGUCAAUCUUCAGCGUUGUACUCUACAUCAGCUACGCAUCCUGGCUUCCUGCGCAACUGGUCGUGCACUUUGAGAGUCUCCCGGAUAUUAGCGCCGCGCACGCUGGACCCGCCGGUCUGCCAGUGCUUUUCCUGACUCUCGCUCCUGCUGGCUGGGCUGCGCGGGACUUCCUAUUUGUCAGUUCUACUGGAUACACGAUCAACGAUGCCCAGGCGGCAAGCGCCAGCAGCGAAGGCGAAUCCUUGGUUGCGGCCAUCUACCGCAAAACCUGGGGCAAGCUAUCGACCAAGACCAGAGUGCUGGUUUCUCGGUCGAUUAUUCUUGCAGUUGGAAUCCUACUUAACACCAUUAUUCAAGUGGCUGGCACCAUCCGUGAUGUCUCUGUCGUAGGUGCUGCCACAUGGGGAUCCGUCUGGGCUGUUUCUGCGCUUGUUACAGGAGCAAGCUUCGGCUGGAUUGAGUCCGUGGAAGGUGUAUGA